CAAACUCCUCGCGGCCGCCGAGAUUCCCCAAAAUGCCAGGGCCUCGCCAGCUCCCAUUUCAAUUGAAAGCGUCCGCGCUCCUCACUGCACGGAGGUCCCUGGAACCCCAGAAUUUAAAUAAGGGCAGGGGUCAAGCAUGGAGACUAUCCUCCUUUUGACUUUCUGCGUCGCAAUUCCUCCCGGCCGGCAGGGCGGCAGGGCGGCAGGGCGGCCGAGCGCGGGCGGGAGGCGCUCCCAUUUUGAAGGCUUGUCUCGCCUUUCCCGGCGCGGGGCUCUCUGGCGGGAGGGCGAGCCCACUAGAACGCCAGGGAGGCGCACGCAAGGUCCUAAGGGCGCCGUGCCCCAACCUCCCCGCUCCCCAGCCCCAGGUCAUCGCUGGAAGUGCCUGCAGCCGCUGCCGCCGGAGCCACGGGAGGAGCCGCAGCCGCCCCUCUGGGAGCCGCGCGCUGACGGCAGUGCCAGGCGGAACGCGGCCCCGCGCGACUGCAGCUCCGCCGUACCCUCCUCCCUGGAACCCCGGCCCCCGCCCUGCGCACCUCGGCAGCAGCCGAACCGCAGCUUGGGACUCCGACUGUCACAGCCCCUCUCGCCCGGCUCGGGGUUUCUCCGAUUUCGGCGUCACAAUAAUAAGGAAGUUUCCCCGCAAGCCUGCGGGCGGCGGAAUGCGCUAGGUGAAUGACUUCGUACCAGGCCAAUGGGCGCCGCCCUGGGGAAGACCCGCACCAAUGGCGGCCGCCGUGGCGCGGGCUGGAGGCGGGGCGGCGAGGUCCGAGGGCGGGAGGAGGGGAGAGGCCCAGGCCCCAGAGCCAGGCGCAGGCGGCCCGAGGUGACAGGACUCUAGGGCCCGGCGCGGGGACAGCGGCACGGGUGUGUCAGCCGAGAUCGGACUGCAUGACAUAGAGCGUUGGCGCUGAAAAAGAUUGCUUUUCACUGGCGGGGAAGCGAAUGGGACCGAUCAGCGGUUGCCUUUUCAGAUCCUGGAGGCUAGAAGUCUGAAAUGAGUCUUAUCGGGCUAACAUCAACGUAUUGACAAGGCUGGCUUCCCUCUGGAGACUCCAGGAGAUAAUCCACUCCUUGCCUUUUCCAGCUUUUAGAAGCCUCCCAUAUUUAACAGUUCAUGGCUUUAUAUUACCUUCUCCUAACUUCGACUCUCCUGAUUCUUUCGUGUGAAGACCCUCGUGAUUACAUUGGGUUGACCAUGUUAAUCCAGGAUAGUCUCCUUAUCGCAACCUCUUUAAUCAUAUUUGCAUUUAAAAAAACAUGCACAGGUUCUGGGGAUUAGGACACAGAUAUCUUGGCAGAGGGGGGAUGCAUUAUUCAGCCCACUGUACUCUAUAAUAUCACCUCUUCCUCAACCCUACUUCUGGUCCUUAUCUGUACCACUGAACUAGUUCAACGUUUCCUAAACUGGUUUUCCUGACCCCAGCCUCUCUCCCAAUUCCCCAUCCAUUCUACAUACCAAAAACAAAUAUUCAUUAAAACUUAGUUAUUCGUCCUAUUCCCCAUACCCAUUCCAAGGCCCUGAACCUAGUUUACUUUAGCCUGGCAUUGGUCACUCUUUUGUUUGUUUGUUUGUUUGUUUGUUUUUUCAGAUGGAGCCUCACUUUAUCACCCAGGUGGGAGUGCAGUGACACCAUCUCAGCCCACUG